UGCCGUGGAGUAAUGACCUCAGUGACACGAACGGUGGCGGCGGCGGCGGUGGUGGUGGUGGUGCUGGCGGGCGUGGCGGCGGCUAGCCCGGGCCCGUGGUUCCUCAAAGGCUUUGGCUACGACGACGAUAGUUACGGCUACGACGACUACGGCGGCUAUGGGCACGACGAUGGCUACGGCGGCUAUGGGCACGACGACGGCUACGACAGCUACUUCAAAGGCUGGUUUAAGGGCUACGGGGACAAGGGCAAAGGCUGCGGCGGGUGCGGCCACUCCAGCGGAUAUGGUGGUGGCUACGGUGGUGGCUACGGUGGCGGCCAUGGAGGCUACGGGAAGGGCCAUGGGAAGGGCUACGGCAAGGGCCACGGGAAGGGCUACAGUGGCGGCCAUGGCGGCGGCUAUGGUGGCGGACAUGAUGGCGGCUACGGUGGCGGCCAUGGCGGCGGUUACGGUCAUGAAAUCAGCUAUGGUGGCGGCUACGAUGACCACCACGACGACUACGGUUACCACUAAGGGAGGUGACGAUGACGCUCCCCCCGCCUUGCACUGUUAGCAAAUGUUGUUUGUAUUUAUAAUAAAACAUUGUUGUGAAA